GAUUUUUUUUUUCUGUACCUAAUUUUUUUCAGCUCAUCGGAAAAAUGGAAAAUUUGGCAAAACAAUUAGAAGAUGAUUUAGAAAGUUUUAUUGCGCAAAAAAUUUUAGAAUCUAAAAACAGUCCAAGAAGUUUUAACUUUGAUAACAAGUCAGUGGACGAGAUUGCUGAGGAAAUGAAACAACACCCAGCUUUUAUGACAGAAUUUGAUGAGAGUAAACCUAUGUCACCUGCAAUGGAAGCUUUGCAAGUUCUCAAAUAUGAAUCCCAAUCUUGUGACGCCAGUGUGGUUGAGCAAGAGAUGGUGAACUCGAAGACAAAUGAGGUCAUUUUAAAACAAGCAUAUUAUAGCAGCACAGCCCCGGUUACCACAAAUGUUAGUGAGAUUAUCAUGUUAAUGGAGAAGUACAUUUUCGGUCGAGGAACCAGUACGAUAGGCGGAAAUUUAAAGGAGAGCUCUGACAUACGCAGAACCGAUCAGAACAGAUCAUCCCUGUAUUUAAACCUUCGUGCCACAAAUACCGUCCCAUCCACACCACACGACGUACAUCCACAUAACGCCACGAGUUACAAAGAUGAUGGCAAUAAAAAUUUUGAACGUAAAAAGUAUAGAUGGGCUAUAGACAACUACACAGCUGGUCUUAACUGUCAUCCAACGGACAGCAAGCUGAUCACUGUCUUGUACACCAACAGGGCUGCUGCUAACUUUCACAUUGGCAACUAUAGAUCUUCUUUAAAUGACUGUAUGUCUGCACUAAAAAUUACCAACGAUCACAAAAAAGCUUGGAUCAGAGCUGUUGACUGUUUGAUGAAGUUAGAAAAGUACAAAGAGGUUGUGGAUUGGUCAGGCAAGGCACUCAUGAAAGAGUUAGAAAGAAACAAAAGAAAACAAAAUAAAGUUGAUGCUCAGCUGAAAAGCAAACAAUUGAAAAUUAUAAGAACCCUCCAGCGAAAAGGUAUUAUUUUAUACAAAGAAUCAAGGAAAGAUAAAUCGAUUCUUGUAGAAACAAAGAAUGAUGAUGACUGGCUGGAUGUAAUUAAACAGUCACACAAUGGAUCAUGCAUCGAAAUGGUAGAAAAGGAUGAAAAUAGCACGUGUGCGGGCAUAUCGCAUGAAGUUGAACUUCUUUUCCCUGUUAUGUUUCUCUACCCCGAAUAUAACCAGUCUGAUUUCAUCAUGUCUUUCCAUGAACACUCCAAGUUUGAAGAGCACCUGGAAGCCAUGUUUGGACCAUGUUGCGACCCACCAAGUUGGGAUGAACAAAAGUUAUAUCUUCCUAGCAAGCUACAAGUAUAUUUCGAAGAAAGGGACCUUAAUGAUGAAUCCAGUGUCAAAUUACACGCCGUGCCACACGAUUGGUCACUUUUAAAUGUGCUGCAGUGUGGGAACCGCCAUCCUAAUUUUGUCGACACUGCCACAGAUCUUGCCCACCCCGUCAAAGUUUGUCUAGAUCCGCCACCAAAUAAAACCGAUGCCAAUAUUGAUACAUCUGUGUUUACCGAAGCAUCGGCAUCGGCCUACAUGGAUAUAUUUUGUAAACAAGGUUGUUUAAACGGCACAUCGGUAAUUUACCGGUAUACAAUAACAAUAAUCGGUAAAUUAACGGUACAUCGGAAUCUUUGGUGUUUCGGUUUUGUAAAUAAUCCAGUACCGAUAUCGAGCAUCAAUGUCGGUACAGGUACGGACCAUCGACCUCCACAAAACCCGAUUUUUAACACUUUUGAGAAGUUGAAAUGUGGUGAUAUUCAACAAGUGACACAAGGACUUCACGAAUAUUAUUCGUUAUUGAUCGCGAUCUCUUUUCCCUGCAAUCUUUCCAGUAGUUGUUAG